AAUGACUUUAUUGCAAGAUAUAAGAGAUCGUGGAUGAUUUUUAGUAGCGAACUUAUACUAAUAUCUUAAGGAAUAUCAGAUCAUUGACUAUUUCCGUUCAUGAAAUAAUUCAGGUGUUUAAAAUACACAUAGUUUUAUUGACGAAUAAGUGUAAACAAACUUAAUUGCAAUCUAUUGUUUAUUCUAGGUCGAAAGCCAGUGAUGAGGAGGCGGAUUAUUUAGUUUUUGUUGAAAGGAGUGUUUCACCGUCCAAAGGCUUUUGUGGUUUUAUAUAUAGGAACUUUUACACCUAUCGUUUGACCUGUGAUGUAUACGUAUAUUUCGUAUACAUAAAUGGUUAAAUCGACAUUUAAACGACAACCGAUGGCGAUUUUACUGCGUUAUGAUUAGACUUCACAAGACGGCACACUGUUUGAGUAUUCGGUUUUAUAUCAAUUUUCGUUGGCAACUCAUUUCUCGCUACAGACUCUUAAACUUGAACGAAGUAUACUCUGGGAGGCUGGAAUAAUUUAUUACCUGCUUGUAUCACUGUAUUUUUACUGGCUCGUGAAACAAACUGGCUCCGAGAGACUUGAACAAUUCCAGCGCCGUUAUUUGUAGUUUAUGGCAUAAAACUUGUGUAAUUUGCUUUUAGGAUAAGUGUCUGGAUUCAUUCUGAAGUUGGAACUUCGCUUUGAAAUAGGAUUUUAUGUUUCAUAGAGAAAUCAGAUCAAUUUACGUUCAAUUUCAUGGACAUUAUCGUUUGAUAAAAAAAAGAGAGGAAUACACGGCACAAAGAUUGUUAUGAUCGAAAGUCAAUUUUCUCUUUGAUGAUUUUCUAAUUAAGAUAUCCGAACCAAACAAAACUGAGGAGGUAUCAAUAUUUAAUUAAUGGUUUUCUUACAAUAAUGACAGCGAUGAAUCCUUACGCGUUCCGUGGCUGGCACCUGCCGUCGUAUGCCGACGGUGCUGCAAAUUAUGAGAGAAAUUAUCACAUGUAUGGAUCUUUGCCGUCGGGAUAUUUCCCGUCUUCGUCGGUGUAUCCCUUUAACCCAGAAAACAAUAAACAACAUAAUGGAGAUUGGAAGCUACAGAGUUCGUCCGUGUGUUCAACUUCUUCAGACGGAUCGCCAAAUAACUUACGGGAUCAGAGUAUACCAAAACCUGGCGGCUAUGACAGUAUUUAUAAGCCAAAUACUUGCAGAAAUGCGGACAGUACUGACGAACACCAGCGGUCCUGCUGUGCCCUGUCGUGUUCUUGCAGCAGCCCGCAACAGAGGCUGCCAAUGCUGAACAAUUCCUGGGCUGGAGCGGAUUUGAGCGGAGCCCUGGACUUCAACAAAACAACCAUGGCUAUGUCAUCAAUGACACCAUAUCAAUCUCUUUGUAACAGAGAUUAUUCUUCUUUUCUACUUCCAGGGGAUAUGCAGAAUGCGAUCCAUUUACCUUCAACAACUUUAGCGCCAACGGCCGUGACCUUACGAAAACGCCGCCGUCCGUACUCUAAAUUUCAAAUUGCGGAACUUGAGCGCGAAUAUAACAGUUCUACUUAUAUAUCAAAAUCAAGAAGAUGGGAGCUUUCACAACUUAUCAAUUUAUCUGAAAGACAGAUUAAAAUCUGGUUUCAAAACAGAAGAAUUAAAGCGAAAAAAAUCAGCAAACAUGACGGUGAUUCGGACAAGAACGAUAGUCCGGAUGUUCCCGAUAUGGGAAUGCAUAUGAGCCAAUGAGAACGGAGGAAGCUAGUAACUGCUGAUUUUGUUUUCUGAUAUAAAUUUGAAAAUUAUUUCAAAUCAGUUCUCAGAAAUAUUAUUGCAUUGAAAUUAAAGCAUCUGAAGUGUCAGUGUACUUGGGAAAGAGUCAUAGGAUUGAGGUGAUCAGGAGACUAGAUGUAUACUCCUCAGGAUACCUGAUAAACGGCACGACGACAUAUUACUUGAUUCUGUGAGGGAUCUUAUGAAUUACAACAAAUGCCAAAUGUUUUUGUUUUAUAACCAGGUUGAAACUAAAAACUCCGAAUGUCAAAACUUCGCAUUUAGUAACAUGGUGCAUAAAAGUAUAUGUCUUCUAUUUAACUUUUUACAAUAGUUUGUUCUUGAAAGGAGAUGUACAAGAUUUAUUUAUAAAUGCAGUUUUGCAAUGACUGCCUACAAGAUUACAAAUUCAAUGAAUCAGUGCAAGAUAUACACACACAGAGAACUUACAUGCGUCCCACGCAAGACCUUCGAAAUGCUUUUCAUUGAAAAUCAUUGAAGUUGUUCUGGGUAGUGCAUUUUGGUAAAAAUAGAAUACUAAUGUGCGUUUAAUGUGAGUAAGUAUGUUUGAAAAUAAAUGUCCCUGCAAUUUCCAUGUAAUUUAUGUGUUGACAUUAUGUUAUGACUAUAGAAUAUAUCAAUAAAUUUAUUGGUUGCGCGUCCCGUGUGAAUGUAAUUUCAGUUUGAAUUUUACGUAUACGAAAUAUUAUUCGACGUAAUAUUCUUAUUUGACAGCUAAUGUUACUAUACCAUUUGAUGUAGAAUGCGAGUUGAAAUUUACAAUUUUUCAAAACUGGAGCUCACUUUCAUAUAACCCGGCAUCGCAAACUAGUAUGGUAUGGUAUGAUCUAAGGCUAAAUGUAUUUUUUGAAAAAAUAAGUGUACUAUGUAAACGCUCACAAAUAUUUUUUUUUUAUAUUUUGGGGUAAAAUUAAGAGAAAAUCUGACAUACUUUUAAAAAAGCAUUAUACCAUA